CUCCCCCAGCGCGCUCUUUCUGCUCGACAGCAAGUUUGCUCCGUGACUUUGGCUGGAGCCGAGUGCCCAUGUCUGCGACCGCAUUCGAUGGACCACUGACAAACUUAUAUACAGUGGAACUCGCAGGGUCAUGGGUCAACGCCAUGCUCUUCGCGUUUGAGGCCGUGCUGGCCUUUCGCUACCUGGCGCGCCAACGCCGGCCGCUGAUGCACCGGCUGGGUAUAGCCUUGAUGGUCUUCUUCGAUCUCAUAUGCACCAUGGCCAUCGAUGCGAGCGUGCUGAUGACAUUCCUCACGUUCUUCGGGAAAGCGAACUUCCGUGCGGUGACGGUGCCGACCACCAUCAUCAUUUCUGCGACGUAUGCAACGGCGGCUGUCGAGCAGUCGUUCCUCUGCAACCUUUACUUUGUUCUGUCCCGCAACAAAAUCUUAUCGUUGAUUGUUGUGCUUUCUGGUCUUCUCCAUUUUGGCUUUUCGUUCGCGUCUGCCAUCAUGCUCCAGCCGACAGUGACUGGCUUCCGUGAUAUUACCUAUAAAAUCACCUCAAUUGGCGCUAUACUGUGCAGUGUGACGGACAUCCUCAUUGCUGGAUUACUGGGAUACGAGCUUAAUAAGAUCAGGAUCGUCAGCCUGAGCAGUGGAUCGCGGCAGAGCUCACAGUUGUUGAACUUGGCCCGCAAGGUCCUCAUGCUGAGUCUCGUCUCCGGGGCGGUCGUGGCCUCUACGACGCUGUUGAUGAUGAUUCUUUUCUUGAAGGGUCAUAUCGUCUUCAACUUCUUCUUUUUCUGUCAAGGCCGUAUCUACGCGCUGACGCUCCUGAUCAACUUCCUGUCCGGUCCCCGGUCAGCCUCGGCGAACGUGACCGUAGAACUGGAGAGCGUGAUGAACGGCCACCGCCACUCGGUCGGAGUCGCGACUCCCACCUUCGCACGCUAUUCUUAUGUGCGCCAGCGGUGGCUCUCAUUCGCGCACCUCGCUCUAUGCUCACGUACCUCCAGAGCACCCCGAACGUGAAAGAUCUGCCGCCUGAGACGCCUGACCUCGAGAGCUCGCUGGCGGCCCCGCAGUCCAUUCCCAUCCCGCUCUGGGAGCUGGCCAGUGCGUCUGCGCAGUCGCUACCGCAUCAAGAUGGCGGUAGCACAUCUCCGCGCUUGCCACAACAUCAUUCAGCUACCUCGUAGCAGAUUUCUAUACUCUAUAGAGUAGGAGCGCGAAAAGACGUUAGAUUCAGAACGUGUCCUUUCUAGGUACGCGAGCAAAAGUUUCACGUGAUCGUG